UUUAUUUUUGUCUCGCUUAUCACUUAAUCCUUGUAGAUUAUCUUCCCUUUUAAUUCCUCAUGAAUGUAACAGCUGUGAUAUUGUUCUUUUCCCCAAACAUUUUCCUUUGUUGAGUGUACAGAAAUGCACAUUUGAAAACCAUGGCAUCCAAAUGCUUGGCUGAAGACUCAUUGCCCCCAGUUCUUUCUACUGAAACGUUUGCCAUUACGUAAAAGAAAUAAUAACAGGAAGGGCGUUCAGAUGCUGGGAAUCUCCAGCGCAAAUCAGUGAGAACUCAGUGAGAACCAGCAUAACUGCUAUGUACAGGCAUACAGCGACAUCUGAAAGUGAAAACCGUUAUGAAAACCUUUAAGAAGAACAUGAAGAUGACCGUUAUAAAGAUUGUUCUCUGCAUCUCCCUUCAGAUUUCAGCUGUCUCCCCCGAAGUUGAUCAACAAGUUGCAAAAGUCAUUAUUUCACCAGACAGAAAUGUAGUUAAUGUGAUCCAAGGUACCUCGUUUCAAUUCACCUGCAGUCUAACCGGGAAGAAUUGCAAAACUAUCGAAUACGAAUGGAGAAAGCCUGUGACGCAAGAUUUUGAUAAGACAACGUUCGCAAAGAAAGCAACUCUUUCCUUUCCCAGUGUAACUUAUGCAGAUGCUGACCUAUACACUUGCGCUGUUACAUGUGAUGGGGAAGAAACAUCGAAAAAUGUGAAGAUGAAGGUUUUCUCUUUUGAUGGACCAGUUCUGACGAUGCCAAGCAUUUUGAAGGAGGGUGAAACGUUCCCUGUUACAUGCAGCACAAACAAAAGCCAUCACAUUAGUAACAUGGACAUAAAUUGGUACAUUGGAGGUAAACUAGUGAAGAAUGAUACUAAAUACAUGAAGGAUAAUAUUGAAGCCAUUUCUACACUGAUGUGGACCCCAGAAAGGAUGGAUCAUGGGAAAAUUCUCACCUGUGCUGUUAAUUUAACAGACUAUGAUGUCGUUAAAGAAAAGUCCCAAACUCUGACAGUAUACUAUGCACCCAGACUUUUUGUCACAGGGCCCUCGUUUGUUUAUGAAGGACACGAGGUUCACAUGAGCUGCACUAGUGAUGGUCGCCCACUACCAACUACUGAGUGGAAAAGGCCAGGUCAGCCCUGGCCAAGUGAUCUGCGCAGACAUCCCAAUGGAAGCGUGAGCGGUGUUCUCCACCGUGCUGACCGAGGAAACUAUGAGUGUAUAAGUUUAAAUGCUGUUGCAGAAGCAAGGGAAAACGUAUCCCUGGAAGUCCACUAUGGGCCUAUGAACACGUCCAUCACGGUCCUCCCAAAUAAGCUCAUUCACCAGGGAAGGCUGAUAAAUCUCAUCUGUGUGACUGACAUCUACCCUGAGGCCAAGCAUUACACCUGGAGGAAGAUCCCAGCCGCGACUCUGCCAGAAGACGCCAACAUGGCUAACAGCAGUUUGACCAUCAAGAACUUCCAGAAGGCCCACGAGGGGAUUUACGAAUGUGAAGUGACCCACAUUAGUGGAAGAACAGAAAGGGCCUACUUCAAUGCCAUACUGCAAGAGCCCACGGAGAGCGGGACAGGCCAGCUGAUAGGAGCGGUGAUGGGGAGUGUGCUGUGCGGUGUCAUCAUAGGGGCAGCUGCUGGCUUCCUGGUGGCAGUGUGGCUCAAGGGACGAUCCACUUGAAUGAUGAAUUCAGAUCGUUUCUCCAACUUCCUCUAUUCUAUUUUCAGUGUGUAGUCAAAGCAAAGCGAACCACAGGUAAUUUCCUAUUCUGUUGCCGUAUUUAGGUCUCAUUAUGCCAAAAUGAAAAAUAUUUACUUUUUUUUCAUUCAUUGUUAUGUUAAUUGCUGUUUCAAUAUUCACAUCUUAGCCGUUGAGUGGAAACUGUAAUGUAUUAAACAUGUGUCACUACUCAGAUGCUCUUAGACAUAUUGUCAUGAUUGACAAUCAAUGAAACAGGAUGUCACGUUUUCUACUGCACUUGAAGUGACAAUGGAGUGCCUCUGUCGCAGUCCUAAGAACUGAAGUGGGUCAUCACAGCGCAGACUCAUCAUGAAAGGCAAAAUGCAUUUAUUAAAGUAGCAGAGGGAACAAAGGGAUGUAUUUAUAUUCAUGAAGAUGUGUUCAUUAUUAAAAUGCAAGUUUGACUGUGAGACCAUUGUACAUAGUCAUUGUAUUCAUUGCUGUUAGUCCCCGUUUCUCAUCUUUGUUAUCCGAGAAAUAUCAGAAGACUGGCCUCGUAGUUAUACCACUUUUAAAUGACAGUUGCAAAUACUGUUCUGGUGUACAUUUAUGGAAAUAUUAGACAAUUCUUUUUCAGUCAAAUGAAAUAUGUAUAAGUGUCAAUUCUGAAUGCUUUUGCUUAAACAAUACCCACAAGAGUCCCACAAAAUUUACCAACCGCUUGUAUUGCUUCAUAGGUCACAGGAUCGAUUCCUGGGUGGAGCGCUGAUGUUGUUGCUUGGUGCUUAACCUGACGUGCUCUAGUAAUUAUUCAGCGUGUACAAAUGCAUAAUGUGUAAAUAUGUGAGCUGUGUGACUCGCCCUGGCUUUGGGUGUCAUCUUAG